AUGUCCUCUCUGGCUGCACCAGUCCAGCAGCCCGACAGCCAUCAGGAGCCCUCUCCUCUCCCACUCGCCACCUCCUCCGCUGGUCGCGUCUCGGGAAAAGCAUGGAAACAGCCCAAGUCUCCGGCAGUGCGUUCCCACAUACCCGACGGUGUGAAGACAAAGAGCUGGGAAGAUCGCAUGAAAAAGACCCAGAAGGAAAAGGCUAUCAAGAAAUUGCAGGCCGAGCUCAGCGAGGAAAAAAAGGCGGAGAAAACACGGCGACGGGCAAUUACCCUCGAGCGACGCAAAGCUGCCGAGGAGCGCCGGAAACUAGAGGAAGAUAGGGCCAAGGCAUGUCUCGCCGAUAUAUUCCCAAUCCGCGCUAGCUGA